CUUCUCCCCGCCUUUGAUCUGCGCUUGAGCUGCUGCUGCUGCUGCUGCUGCAGCUCAAAGCAGAGCUGUGCGGUGCGGUGCGGUGCAGGAGCUGCGGCGCUGACAUGGUGAGCGGACCGGUGCGGGAAACACGCCUUUCGCCGGUCUGCUGUCCACUUUUUGGGAUCUUUAACCAACAGCCUGCUCUUUUUUUGAUCAGCUCAAAGCAGUAGGUGGCCGUCAAGAUGUUUUGGAGGCUUCCACACAGCUUGUCGCUCCUGCUAGCUGCACAUAUCGUCUUCUCAGCUUUGAUCAGCGUGGGAGCCAUGGAGGGGAGCAGAGAGUGCAGAGAGCAGGAGUACAAGGACCGCUUCGGGAACUGCAAACCCUGCAAACAGUGCGAUGCAGGACAGGAGCUUUCUAAGGAAUGUGGCUUUGGUUAUGGAGAGGAUGCCCGGUGCGUGCCUUGUCGGAGCAGCCGCUUCAAAGAGGACCGGAGCCUGCAGAAGUGCAAACCCUGUCUGGACUGUGGCCUCAUCAACCGCUUCCAGAAGGGCAACUGCUCCACCACCAGCAACGCCGUGUGUGGCGACUGUCUGCCGGGAUUUUAUAGGAAAACAAAAUUAAGUGGAUUCCAGGACAUGGAGUGCAUACCUUGUGGGGACCCUCCGCCUCCAUACGAGCCCAAUUGUAGUGGGCGUGUGAACCUGGUGCCUCUGCCCUCCGUGGUGACGAGUCCUCGUGACGUGGCGCUGGCCGCAGUCAUCUGCAGCGCUCUGGCGACGGUCCUGCUGGCGCUGCUGGUUCUGUGCGUCAUCUACUGCAAGAGGCAGCUGCUGGAGAAGAAGCCCAGCGCUUCCUCUCUGAGGUCUCAGGACUGUCCCUACAGCGGGGCGGAGCUCUCCUGUCUGGACGCCCGCUGGCUCCACGACUUCCCCCACAGAACCUGCUGCCAGUGUCACCUGGACUCCGGACACCACUGUGGUCCAGUACACCUGAACCCCUCUCUGUGCUGUGAUGAGAGUUGCAGUGUGGGCUGCAGCCAGGAUGUCAGUCCUUUCCAGUCACAGAUGAGCCUCAGUGAUGAAAAUAGACACCGACAUGAAGAAGAUACUCCAAUGUGGCUGGAAGGCCACACAGAGCCCGAGUGUGAGGGAGCGGAUGAAAUGACAGGAAGCGUCGAGUCUCCUGAAUACUUGGAGCUUCCUCUCUGUGGAGUCGACCCAGCAGGAGGAAGCGAGGAGGGAGGAGAGGAAGGGGAAGGAUUGAUGGAGUAUUCAUGUGAAAGGAGGGGAGAGGACUGCAGUGACACUGUGACUGAUGCACUUCUUCCUAAACAGCAAGGGCAAACGCAGGAAGGGUGACGUGGACGUCUCUGGCUUGAACCCCCGCCUGGACUCGACAACAGCCACGGCCAGAUUCAGUCUCGGAUUCCUACCUAGUCUCCCCACGCGCACAGAAACGCAACAACACAGACACAACGGCGGCCGUGCCGUCCCCUCGAAAUGCCUCGUCGGUGAACCUCAGAGCCCCUCCGUCAGAUGGUCCAAACAAAACGCGUACGCGCAUCCCCCCACAGGAGCGCUGCCGCAGAUGGAUGACAACGCUAAAACACACCGAGAAUGUGAACUCGAUGGCCCACUGGGUUCGAUCAUAUGAAGUUGAAACGUGACUUUUACCAGUGAAGCAAAGUGAAUCCUGAGAAUGUCUCGCAUCGUCACAUGUAGGAGAAUCUAAACUUGUACUGCUCGUCUAGAAGCGGGUGUUAUGAAGCUUUUGUGUAAAAGUUUGACAAAAUGUCUCAAAAGUGAAAAAGUUGCACAUCAAAGACAAUCUUGAUCGUACGGAGCAGGUUGGAACGAGGAAUGUCUAAGUGAUAAACGCCCUGUAGAUACUGUAUUAUACUUAAUAGGUCAAUAUUUUUGUUACGGACUGUAGACUUGACUGCAUGCUUGCCUUUCUCAGCUCUGUUCAUGGAAAAAUGGAAACUUCUGUCCAUGUAGCAUUGUAAAUAAACCUCUGAAACAAAAUGA